AAGUGUGAUAAAAUCUACUUAUUGAUGAUAUCACCCAUUGUUGUCUGUCCUGUUAAUGUUUUAUGGUUCUUAUAUGGUUGCAAAGAAGCUCGAUUCCAGUAUUAGAAACCCACUAUUACCAAUGCUACACUCCCAAUUCUGGAAGUUUUGCAGGCCUUCAAAACUGGUUAACACCAUCUGCCUCAAGGUAACAGAAAGGCUCAAGGCAGUUAGGGCUUCAAUUAUUGCUGUGAUUGUCAGAAAUAUAAUUUUUCAGUUCAACUCCUGACAAGAUUGGAGGAACCAAAGUAACUAGUAGACUCUGUACCUGCAGCCAGAGUUUUUCCUCUACUCUGGUGGCUAGUAAAAAGCAAGGAGCUGUAGUGUCUUGCAAGAUCUGCCGUGAUAGAUCAUCAGUUGAUGGGAUAAGGUCUGUUUCCUCAAGCAUGACGAGCACAGCAGGCUUGGAACUUGACUUGUCUUGGAAGAUGGUGUCAAAGGGGAAUAGGAGUGCCACGAGAAGAACUAGGAAGUCAGUUGCAAAAAACUCUACUGGAGGAAUGCAACUAUCUGAUGGGAAUUCCAGACCAGCAGAGGAUGUUACAGUUUCUGACUCUGAAAAGCUUGGAGUGGCUGUUCUAGGUCAGCGCUUUAGUGACAAGAUAGAGCAUGUACCGAUAAAGAAAAGAAGAUUCAUGUUUCGGUCCCCCUCACCACCCCCCUCACCACCACAAACCCCUUCUCUGCGAGUGGAAGUUUCUGACCAGCAUAAAGAUAUUCAAUCUGCUUCAGGUCAAAGUGGUUUUUCAAAUACAACUCUGAAGCAACAAACUAUGGAAAUUGGUACAUUGACCAAGUCAACUACUGGUGUUAUUGAUGGGAAAUUUUCAGAUGUAAGUAGUGAAAAGGUUGGUUGCAUGGAGGAUUUCUCAGGAAUUGAAAUGCUUGCUGCUGCUGCUUGCAAUGAUGGUGUGGAUGAUUACACUGAUAAUAAUGAGAAAAAUCCUUCAAUAGAAUCAAAACAAGCAAGAGAUGAAUCAUCAUCAUCAUUCCCCUUGAUGCCUUUGGAAGAAACCACUGUAUUGUUGGAAACAGACUCUUGCCCUCAAAAAGAUUCAGGAAAUGAAAUUAGAAUGGAGGAUUCAUCUCUUCUGCCCCCAAAAGAUUCUGGAAAUGAAGCUAAAAUGGAGGAUUCAUCUCUUCUGCCCCCAAAAGAUUCUGGAAAUGAAGCUAAAAUGGAGGAUUCAUCUCUUCUGCCCCCAAAAGAUUCAGGAAAUGAAGCUAAAAUGGAGGAUUCAUCUCUUCUACCCCCAAAAGAUUCAGAAAAUGAAGUUAAAAUGGAGGAUUCAUCUCUUUUGUCUUCAAAAGAUUCAGGACAUGAAGUUAAAAUGGAGGACUCAUAUCUUCUGCCUGCAAAGGACUCAGGACAUGAAGUCAAAAUAGAGGACUCAUCUCUUCUGCCCCCACAGGAUUCAGGAAAUGAUGAUAAAAGGGUGGAUUCAUCCAUUCUGGAUAAUUCGGUUGCUGUUUUGCAUAAAUCUCCAAGUGAUAAGAAAAUGGGUGAAGUGUCCAUAUGCUUGCCAGAUGAUCGGUCACUUUGGGAUUUAAACCUUUCCAUGGAUGCCUGGGAGAGGCCUUGUGAUAAUGGGUGUGAUGAUUCUAAAAAUAAUACUGUGGAUAAUAUUAAUGUGGAUAAGGAUGCUGUCCUGCAGAAUAAAGAUCUUCAAGAUAAAAGAACUGAUAGUGUGGAUGAAGUUGUUUCAUUUGAGGUAGAUCGGGAUAAAUGUUCACCAUCUAAUUAUGGAGCUUUGCCUGUUGGAACUGAUGGUUUGAAUGAAAAGGAACAUGAGUUGGGAGGAUGCUCUAGUCUCAGUGGAAAUAAUAACGGACAUCUAUCAUUGACCGCAAAUAAUGCUGCAGAUUCUGCAAAAUGUGUUGAUGAUGAUGAUGUAAAUACUUCCACUCAUUUAGUAGGUAUGGAUCAGUGCUCCAGUCCUCGUCAAGAGGCAGAUAACAUUACAAGUGUAAUGCUGUUGAAGAAAAUCACUGAGACACCCCUGUCACAAGGUAAUGUUGAGCUGGGUAAAAUAGAUUGUGUUUAUAGGGCUGAGGUAGGCAAAAUUACCUGUACAAAAAGCAUUAAGGUUGAGGAGUCUGAUGUUGUUUCUCCCUAUGUACCUGUUUUAGAAAAUGCUAUUAAAGAUGUGGAGUGCCAAACUGUCAAUGAAGAUGGAAAGACUUACCGUGGAGAUUCUGGCCUUCAUGAUGAUAAGAUCUCUGGUGAAGACAUGGAAAUUUGUCAACAAAUAGGAAAUAUUGUUCCUAAAGCUGAGCCUGCUGAUGGGGCACAGGAAGUAGGCAUUUGCCACUCUUCCCUGAGGUUUGAAGGUAUGUUGGCAUCGGGCUUGUCUGUCAUAGUUGCUGAUGUGAAGGGACAAAGUACUGGAGCUUCAUCCUCUUUUGAUCCUAAAAUUGUUACUUCUGCACUUCCAGAGCCUGAGAAAACCUUGAGUUUAUCUGAAAGUCAUCCUGCUACUUCAACAGCACAUGGUUUCAUUGAGGCUUGUGGAAAUGAUGAAAAUGGUCCACCAAGCAGUGUAGAUAAGGUUGAUGCAACAGAUUCUUCCAAUCAAAAUCAUGAAUCUGCUGCUAGUGCAGCAGCAUCUGAGUUUAUUGUAGCUCCUGAGGCAGGUGGCAGUGAUGGUAAUGCUCAUUGCAACCAAAACCAUGAAUCUGCGGCUUCUCAAGAUAAGGCAUUCAUUGGAGGUAAGGAAAGCUCCUUUGAUCUUCAGGCUGGGUACGAUUCACAGUUUGAGGAUGGUGAGCUGAGAGAAUCAGAUGUCCCAUGCUGGGAUGAAAUAGAACAGGUGGACUAUGACACUGAAGGUGAGGAAGAAAGGUUAUGUGGCUUGGAAGCUGAGAAUAAUGAAGAGAAACUGAAGUCUGAAAGAGGUUCAAGUCCAGGAUCUGACGACAUAAUUGAAAAGACCAAAAAUAGUGGUACACAAGAUGGUUUGGGAGAGAAUGCAGUGACCUUGAAUUUGACAACUGUGGCAGUGGAGGCUGGUGACUCAAAGAUGGAUACUAUUGAUUUUGUGGAUGGAUCUGGCAUCAAAGAAUACCAUUCUGCAUUAGAUGGGUCCAAGCCAUCCAAAAGGGAGUUGCUUUCAGGCAUCGAAGCAUCACCAUCAUGUGAUGCUCUACAGACAAGCAGGUCUGACAAUUGUGAUGACUUAAAUCCUCUAGCUGAAAAGGAUCCUGCUCCUGAAAAUCUCUCUGGAAGGGAUAGAUCUACUUCUCAUAUUCGUGGCAGAAGUCCUGGAGGUGGCCCCUAUAUCAGUCAUUCAGCUGGGCAAAGUUCACCUCUUUAUCAUGGUGCCAAUCCUUCUCUGCGUUCCAGGCCAAGAAGUGCAAUUGAGGGUCGUGGAUAUGCAAUUUCCGCAGACCAAGCACUUUCUGAACCUGCUGAUGCUGCAAGAACUGAAAACCGUAUCAGUAGGCAAUUUAUGGGUUCCCACUCAAAUGGUAUGUACCGACCACCUAUGAGGAGGAGAUCACCAGGAGAAAGGGAUGAUUCUUACAGUAUGCACAUGCGGAUGGCAACUGUGAGAGAUACUAGUCCUGAUAGAAGUAGGCUCAGAAGAUAUCCACAAGGAGUUAGUAAGGGUAUCAGAGAUGAAUACCUCAGGCACAUUCCAGAUGAUACCCUAGAAUAUUUUAGCUGUUUGCCAUCAUCUGAUUCUGUACAGAGGAGCCGGUCUGGCAAUUUUGAUGAUUCUUAUACACAAUCUGAAAGGGAGGGUGGUUCUGAGAAGUUUAUUGGGAGGGAUAGACCUGCUACUACCCGUAUGCAUGGCAGAAACCCAGGUGGUGGGCACUUUUUCAAUCCUUCAGGAGGUAUUAGAGAUGAAUACAUCAGGCAUGUUGCAGAUGAUGGCAGUGAAUAUUUUAGCCGUUUGCCAUCAUCUGAUGCUCUACGGCGGAGCAGGUCUGGUAAUUUUGAUGACUCAUAUCCUCAAACUGAAAGGGAAGGUGGCUCUGACAAAUUCAUUGGAAGGGGAAGACCUGUGUCACGAAUGCGUGGUAGAAGCCCUGGAGGUGGACACUUUUUCAACCCUUCAGCUGGUUAUUGGGAUCCUAAAAGGCAACAUUCUCCCAAUCACCAUGGUGCUUACCGAUCUGCCUGUCUCAGACCAAAAAGUGCUAUUGAGGGCCGUGGAUAUGUUGUGUCCACAGAUCAAACACUUCCUGAAGCUGCUGGUGUAACAGCAAGACCUGACAACCGCAUUAACAGGCAUUUUAUGAGCUCAACCUCUAAUAGUGGGUACCGUCCCCUUAUGAGGCGGAGGUCCCCAGUAGAAAGGGAUGAUUCUUACGGUAUGCAUAUGAGAAUGGCAACGGUAAGAGAUGGCAGUCCUGACAGGAGCCGGUUUAGAAGAUACUCACAAGGGGUUGGUAGAGGUAUGAGGAAUGAUUACCUCAGGCAUGAUCCAAAUGAGGCCACUGAAUAUAUAACUCGCCUGCCACAUAGAUUAGGCAGGAGAGAGAGGAGCAUUUCUCCAGAAGGUCACUAUGUUGAAUCUUAUAAGAAAACCCAGUCAAGGUCAAGGAGCCGUUCUCCCAUGGGAUUUCUUGUGCAGAGGGAUCGAAAUGAGGGUUCAAGACGUCACAGCAGGUUGCCUGAUUUUAGAUCUGAUGCUAGAACUGAUAGAGUGAGGUUGUUUCCAAAGCGUUUUCCUUCUGAUUAUGGAGAGAGCUUCAUUUCUCCACCUCAAGAUCGAAUCUCACCACAGCGAAAUUCUAGGGUUUUUGAGGAUCGAAAUUCUGGUCUUGACCAUGUGAGGGGCCGUUAAUCACCAGUAAGGAUAUUGCGGGAGGCAAAGUUCUAACUCAGUUUGUGCCUUUUGAAAUGAUACAUUGCUUUGCUGGUUGUCAGGGAUGUAACUAAUGAAGUGGAUGAGGAACAUAAACAUGGAAGCUGUUAUAAGAUGAUACAUCAAAUAAGACUAUUGCUCAGGUACAGUGCGUCAGUUUUGGUAUGGUGCUUAUGAGUCAGAAUCCGCUGACAACUUUUGAAUCCUCCCAAUACGGCUGAUGAUAAGUGGUCAUUUCAGAAAGGGAGGUGUAUAUUUCAGUAGAGGUAUAUUGCCUCUCAUUUUCAUGCUUUGUUUACUCCCGAAUGAGAGAUCCUUUUUCACCUUUGGAAUCAUUUUCAUUUUUUCUUUGGGCAAGGAAUCUUCCAAAAAUCAGUCUGAUUUUUUAUUUUGGAUGGUAGCUUUCCUUAGGAAAUAUAGUUUUCUUUGAUCUAGGUUUGGUUUCACAACUUCCCCUCUUCUAUUCUUAUUUUCCCCUCAAUGAGGCAAUCCGUUGUAACCUCUACAUUUGGCCGUUAAGUUAUAAUGUCAAUGGAAAUUUAAAGUUUCUGAAACUUUCAUGCGUUCUUUCUGUGAUUCUUUAGUUUCUUUGUUCCUUAUUAUAUUCAAGUAAAAUAUACAUAUUUUCACAUU